AUGGACCGCUUCGAGCAGCUCAUCCUCACCGGUGACAUAUUCGGGGACUCGGGUCCUCGCUCUCCUCCCCGCACACCCUCUACUCUCUCCCCGGCCUCAUCCCGUUCCCCAUCACCGGCUCUGCCGCCCAACCCAAAUGCGUCGUCUGUCCAGGUAGGGCAGGGUGUGCCUGGACGCACGGGUGUUAAGGGGGUGAUACGUGAUGCGAGGGAAGCGAGUAUGAUCGAGCGAGGGCGGAAGAGUUUGGAGGCGCGCGAGAAGCAGAAGGAGUGGGAGGAGAAAGGCAGGGGAGCGCUCAGCUGGAGGGAAGAGGAGGAGUUUCGUGCUGGAGGGAGGAAGCUGGUGCGGAUUGGCGGGGGUGGGGAGGCGGAGAAGGGUGGGGAGGGGAGGAAGAGGUUUGGACAUUUGAGAGAGGUGGGCGUGGAGGGGUUUGUUGAUGCUGUCGAGGAGAGGGACGCUUGGGUCGUUGUGCACAUUUAUGACUCGUCUGUGGAAGCGUGUCAUUCCCUUGAUACCACCCUCGCUCUUCUCGCACGCUCUUACCCUUAUACCAAGUUCCUGCGGUCACGAGCCGCUGCUCUGGGGUUCGCAUCCCUCCUCUCUGGUGGAUCAUCCCAAGACCGUACUGCCAGGCUGGACGACCUGGUAGAAGACGAAGAAUGGGAAUACGAGGAAGAGGAAGACGAGGUGGAUCUGGACAUGUUACCGACUAUGCUGGUAUAUAAGGCUGGCGACCUGAAGCAGAACUGGAUCAGGGUGGAUUGGGAUGCGAAGGAUGCGGGUGGAGUGGAACAGCUGUUGAUGAAACACGGUAUAUUACCCACGCUAUCGGGGAAGCAGGAGAAUGAUGAUGACUUGGACUGGGAUUGAUUGGCUUCCAGCGUUGCUGUUAUCCCCUUUUGCGUAUUUUCCCGGGCCGUGGGAACUAAACGCUGCUAUGUAUGGAUUGUUAUAUUUUUCGAGGAGUGUACGAAGAUUCAGGGCGAUUCCUCUGUAGACCUGCCCUAUGACACGAGACGAU